AUGGAGCAUUUGCCGAUUCACUUGCCUCACGAAGCUAGCCUUGGAGGACUUGUGCAGUUUAGAUGGAUGUAUUGUUUUGAACGAUUCAUGGGCCAUCUAAAGAAAAAAGUGAAGAAUAAGGCAAAGGUAGAAGGUUCCAUUGUUGAGCAAUACAUCAAUGAAGAAAUUUCUACCUUUUGUAGUUAUUACUUUGAGCCACACAUUAAGACAAAAACCCGGAGAGAAGAUCGACACUAUGAUGGAGGUAAUCCAGAAGAUACACUGGUUGAAGCAAUACCAGAUAUAUUUUCUCAACCUGGAAGAGGAAGUGGUAAAGAAAAAGAAACAUGGUUCAAGGAAGAAGAUUAUCAUAUCGCACAUACAUAUGUUUUGCGGAACUGCGAUCAACUAAGACCAUUUGAAAGGUUAUUUGAUGCGAGUUUAAUUGCUGCACAUCCUGGAAUGCGCGAAAACGAACUAAUUGAGUUGGGAGAAAAAACUUAUGCAAGUUGGUUAAAAAAACAUGUGGAGGAUACUUGGAAUGAUAAUGCAUAUCCUAAGUGGUUGAUGAGUCUCGUUCAUGGUCCGUUGGUUCAAGUUACUUCCUGGCCAAUGUACUUUUGCCGUGGAUAUAUAUUUCAUACAUAUGAUCAUGGGAAAGACAAAAAGAAUGCUAAUUAUGGAGUUUGCGUCAAAGGUACAUCAUCUAGUGGCUCAGGUGGUGAACCUGGUUUCUAUGGAGUACUGAGAGAGAUUUUGGAGCUUCAUUAUUCCGGACCACCUGAAUCUAAGUACUAA